UACAACUCCCACUCGCGGGUCAACUCUCGCGAUACUUCAAUGAGAACAGCUGACAGUGCAGUGAAGGUGCGACGAUUCAAGCAGCUAGCGAGUUAGCCUCCUGAACAUUUGGACUUUCCUCACCGUGUCGGCGCCGAUACUCAACACAACAUGUCCGAGACGGACCCCAAGUCUGUGCAGGACCUCACCAACGUGGUCCAGACUCUGCUGCAACAGAUGCAGGACAAGUUCCAGACCAUGUCAGACCAGAUCAUCGGAAGGAUCGAUGAGAUGAGCACACGUAUUGACGAUUUGGAGAAGAACAUCGCUGACCUGAUGACCCAGGCUGGUGUUGAAGAGAUCGAGGCACCACCAGAAAAGCCUAAAGAGGGUCAAGGCUCAUAAUGAAGAUAACAAGGUGUGAAGUCGGUCCUAACUCCAGGAGCAGCAGACUUUUUCAUCCUGAAAAUGACUUCUAUUGAUUUGGUGUGUCGUUGUGUGAAAUGCUUUUUUAUAUAUAUUGAAUAUUGUGAUACACGGUUACAGUUGUGUAAUGACUUGGAAAGCUGAACAUUAUUUGUAGGUUAGAAUAGUGUGACAUGCCCUCCAGAACUUAAAAUGCUCACAUGCAGGAAUGCAACUUGUGGAUUUAGUGUCGACUUGGAGGUUUUUUUCCGCUGCCAUCGUUUGUCAUAGUUAAUUCGGUCCUGUGAGGCGAUGGCCGAUGGGGAAAGCUUUGCCCAAGCCUGUGCUGAGAAGUAUAACCUGCAGGCUGACAGGCCAGUAGAAGCUCCAUCCCCACCAACAUGAACAUCUGAAGCCUGCAGUGUUUUACAAGCAGUACUGUUAACGACCAAGAUGUUGGAUGCAUUCCAAUUCUGAUUUUCUUCUAUUAAAGCUAUUUAAUACGACUGUU